AUGAGUCAUUUCAGGGGGCGGUUCGCGCAAACAGGUGGCGCAGGUAAACCGCAAUCUCAAAAGCAUGGCGGGAGUUCAAUGAUGGAUGACGGGGUCUUUGACAAGCUACAAAGCGUGAUUUCAGAGAUAGACCUUCUCAAUGAAGGGGUUUCUAAUGAUUAUCAACCUGUGAUAUCCUUUUUCAGCAGCAAAUUCGCAGCUCAAAUUAUACAAUCGUGGUCCUAUCACGCGCAAGUCAAUAAUCAUCAAAAAUUCAGCAGCUGCACUUCAAGGCUAGCCAAAGCACUCCGGGUUUUGGGUUCUGAUUCCAGCACCUUGAUCUAUGGCUCAAAUCUGGUCCGCUCCAUUUUGCAGGAGAACACCAAGGUUUUGUACCGAGGCCUCAACAACAUGAAGCCUUCCAUAACAAACCCAACGCUGCGUUUGCUGAGACAAAUUAUAGCAUUCAAUAAAGGGCAACACGUGGAUGACUUUUUGACGUGCUUUGACAUGAGCCUUCCCAGUUUGCCUAGGCUGCUGUCACCUACCAAAGCGGAGCUGUCGGACCUUGAGCAUACUAUAAAGAAUCCGGAGCUGUCAAUGAGAUUCAACUUCAUUCAGUUCUGGCUUUGCUUGAUCGAAAAUGCGACGCCGAUUUUGCGCAAAGCGGUUUUGACUGAAAACCCAAAAAUUAUGAGCGCGUGGUACAAGCAUAUGACCAAAAUCGAUUCUGUAAAGCUGCUGAUCCAGACUCUCAACACACUCAUAAACUUCGUCCUAAAAGAAAGAUCACUCAAGAGAGUAACCAAGUGCAAAAUUCUGAAUGAAUCUCUUAUAAGCAAGAUCCAUUAUUUCUACUCUUCAACUAACGCUGAUCUUGUUCACCAUACCGAUCUCUUUUUUGAAAGUUAUUCUAGUGUCAAAGGUGAUGGCGUGACGUUUUCAGAUGACAAAAUAUGGUUUACAGAGCCCGUUUACUCAAGCGCGGGAGCAGGUUCUGGCAGCACAGGAGCUUUGGUCGUCAUCAAUAACAAAAAGUUUUACCUUUACAACAAGCUUCUUUUCACGAUGCUGACAUUUUUCAAACCUUGGGAGGAUGAAAUUCAACUUAACAGAGUCAAAAAGGUUCUGGAGAACGUCCCUGAACUUGUAGCUCCUUAUUCUCACUACUUAGGGACAUUGGGCAACCAUGAUCCUAGAAUGACUUCUUAUUGGUUUGGUAUGACAUUGCUACUAGGGAGAAUGAUGAACUUGCCUGUUCCACCCAAAGUCCGCGAAGUCCAAACAGAUAAACAUCCAUCAUCUCAUUUAGUAAUGGAAUCGAUUAUUCCUUGCACAAUUACAAAAAGUGCUUUGACAAAGUCCUUGAGCCACAAUGUUAACCUUAUUAAACAAAUGGGAUGUCAACUUUUGGUCUUUUCUUUCAAAAAGCUCGAUAUAGUUAUUAACCUCUAUGAUGAAAAAGGCUGGAGCUCAGCUAAAUCAGAACUCAUUAAUCUUUUCAAAGCUCGCAUUCCAGAAUUGUCGUCGAUAUCAUCUGCGCUUGAGGCUGCAGGGCAAGCACAAAACGAAAACAAAGUACUCUCUGCUUCACUUUCAGUGAUACUGAAUUACUACAGCAAGUUUUUCCCCCUCAACUUUAGUAUAACUCUUCCAAGUGACAACAUAUUUGUCACAAUCAUGAAAUCUGACACUUUUAGUGGUUUGGAUUUGGUUAUGCUGGAUAAUUUUUUGCACUUCCAGCAAUUUAACAACUCGCAUACAAAAUGGUAUAACCCGAAUGCUGGUGAAAAUUCCAUUUUCACAUCGCUGCUGAGACUGGCUUCUUCUGCCAAUGCAACAAAUUCGAUCACGAACAAGGUGAAAGAAUUGUUGGAAAACCUGCUGAACUUCACAGUUCUCUUCAACAAUGAUGAGCUUCUCGCCUCACCAGUCCUUGUAUUAAUAAACAGUCUUCAGGUUAUUAUGAGAAGCGAGAGUUGCCGCUCUUCGGCACAAGAGAGCAAAAUUUGGAAACUUCUCGAUGAAACAGUUGCUAGGUGUAUGAAGACGCCCUAUAAGUACGUUGACAUGUCAGUGCCUUACGAGAACUGUUCGCCGUUCUUGGUUGCGUUGAUUGAGCAGUGGUCGUUUGUUGACAAGCAAACACCCUUUGAGUUAGUGUUAAGAUGGAUGUUGAUUUAUCUGAGAUCCUGCUAUUUUGUUAGAGAGCCUAUUGAAAGCCUCAAACCUCUUUUGGAAGCAGCUCCUUCAAUUUCGAGUGAUUUGCAGAGCGAAUACUUGAAUUUUGAAAAUUAUGAUGAUAGCCUGGACCUUUUGCAGGGCCAAGAUUAUUUGCUUUCAAACAAUGCCCCAUACUCUUUCUUCCAACACAUUACUUUGGUUUCGACUUCAGAUCUCGAUCAGGUUGCAAGAUACCCUACUAAUGAACUUGAUAUUGCUGGUUUACUGACCAGAAUCCAGUUUUUAUUGAAAGCAGAUACUUCGAGCAUGAAGCUGCAAAAGUUUUGUGCUAUCGUGGACAACUUACUAAUGAAGGCCGCAAACUAUACACUAUCCCAAGAUGACUUCAAACAAAAGUUUGCUUCUACAAAGUAUUUCGAAAAAGUCACUAUAGCUGCUGACAUAGACACAGAGAACGAAUUGGUCUGCGAAAAGAGUGCAUAUGUUACCAAUUCAAUGCUCGAAGUUUAUUUGCAGUUGGACGAAGAUGUUUCCGAAGUUAGUGCUUACAUUCAUCAUUUAUGGGGAGAACGUCUCCCGCAGUGGAGCAGUAAUCCAGAUCUGAUGUCAAUAUUGAUAAAAGGUCUUCAGAUACUGUCAGAUUCACAGCUCUCGGAAAUUCAGCUUAGGCUUCUACUGAAUAAUCAAGACCUCUUGCCAUUGAUUCUGACGGAGAUGGUCAAGCGAGGAACUACUUUGCCCGGAACCAGAUUCAUGGAACUAUUAGCCUUAAAAUCUGAAAAAAUAACAGAUGUCUUGUCCGAGUACUUGACUAAAAAGCUGGUUGAAAACCCGAACUUUGAGUCCAUAAUUUCUUUGGCACUGGAGGAUGCUAUUAGCUACCCAAUUAUCAUCGACUGCUUAGCAUACGAAGAAGGUGCUAAAAAAAUAAUGGGCUUCCUUGAUUUAAUCAAGUGCGAGAGCCUUUGCAUCAACGUUGCCGCAGCAAUUAGUGAUAAAGCCAAGGAUACUGAGGCCUCCCAUUUUGUCGACAGAGCCUUGCAUUCUGCAUGCGAUGAUUUAAGUAAACUAUCUGUGCUUGACUUUGAAGCCGCAAUGAAGCUGUUUUACGACUGCCACGCGAAUGCUUCAGAGGAUCUGAAGCACAACGUUCUCGGGUUUUUAAUUUCGCAGAACGAAUACAGAUUCAGCCCUUGGGCCGCCAAGAUUGUUGAACUCUACAACGUAAAGGGGGACCACAAUAUUUCUACCUGGAUGCAAAAAUCAGUUCUAUACAUCACAAAGACUUUUGCAGAGCGGAAUCACUUAUCUUCAAAAUUUUCCGAGUUUUUACAAAACUUCAAAGGGCUGCUGUUUAAGGUGAACAUAUGGUCAUUGGGCGUGCAAUCGAUCCUUGAAACCCAAGUUGAGGUGAUUUUGGGUGGGAUGUGGGUAGGUCGCGCUGAGGCUUUGGAAUACCUGAACAUUUUACUUCUCGGGGCUAGCAACUCUCAGGUGAACAGUAAUAAAAUGCUACAGCUUCUCCUGAAUAAUGAGCAAUCGUCUUUGAACGAUCAAAAAACUAAUUCACAUGCACGCUUCCUAACCUCUUCAAUCAUGAGCCGUCUGUUUCACCUCGACGCUGCUAAAAACGCGACCCCAAUUGUUCAAGAGAAACUUUUGUUGAGUUACAAUGGAUCAGUAUCAGCAGACGAUAGGAUUAUUUUCGACGUUUUGAAAGAGAUUGAGUCAAGGACUCUUUCUUCAUGGACGAACAACGUUUUUGUCUGGGACUUUCAAGAAGAUUUUGAGGAAGAUCAAGCUGAUGACACCCCAUUACUAACCAAGGAGAGAGAAGGUCUCGUAUUGACCAUUAAGAGAGCACGGAUUAAUACUACUAUUGAAAACUUUGCUUGUGAACAACCUUCUAUUCCACAAUUCGCUAGUGGAAAUGUGGAGGAUACAUGGCAUCGAUUGGUGGCUUUCGAGGAAGCCAUUGAAUUGACAUAUCAGAACUUCGAAAGAAAGGUUUAUGAUCCAUUGUUCAUACUUCUUUUGGUUGCCAAUAAUAAAGAACUUUUCAGGAAUGAUAACUCCGAUUUGGAGAGUCAGUCUCAGGCCUCAUUCUUUGACAUGAGGAAAGUAGUUGUUUCUGGCCUGCUCGAAUUGGUUAUUUUAUCAUUAAGCGAAAGGAAUGAGACAAAAGAUGUGGCGCUAGCAUUAAUCUAUAAAAUGAUUGACUCGUUGAAACACGGUGGGAGUUUCAAAGAUAGCAACAUCUUCCAUAUAUUUUUGAUGAAGGUUGCCUACACCUUUCAUACCGAGAAAGACCAGGAGGUCAGUCCCUUAGUUUGGUAUAUGAUUUCACGCUUGUCCAGUAUAUUAACUCAGCCUUCGUCUGUUUUAUACGAGAAAGCUUACAAGUGGGUGCUCGCCUCGCCAUCUGUGCAGCCGCAACAUCUCCCUCUAUAUGAUGCGGUUGUUGUUACGAGGCCCACUGAGGACGGCGAGCACUAUUACAAAUACUUGAACUGGUUUCUUGAGGCUAUCCAACGAGGCAUCAAAUCAGAGGAUGACAUAAAGCUUUUGAGGUCAAGAAACCUGCUUGAAUGGAUGAUGAAUUUACUCAACUCUCCCUACAUUAAUCUCGGGCAACGAAAUACUUUGAAUCUCUUAGUUUACCGCAUCCAAAGAAUCGAAACUGGUGGUCCUACUCUUAUUACACGUUAUGCUGGUGUAUCUUUCUUGGAGGCUUUGCGGGAAGGCUCAUCUGAAGGGCUUGUUGGGGUCUCUACUGAAACUCUCGCCAACACUAAAAAUAAACUCCGUUUGAAACAGUUCCUUGUAUCACAACAACUUGAUGUCAACUAUUCUGAAUUGGGUGCCGGCUACGCUGCAGUCUCGAAGUCACAAAAAAGGUUAGCUGAGUGGAUGGAAGGUGACGUUGAUAAUGUUCUGAAGCGCCUUUGCACCAUUGGUAAUCAAACUUCGCAUCAGACAAACCUCAACUAUCCAUUUAUGCAUGUGUAA